AGUAUUAGAUUAACUUUUUUUUUUUUUUUGAGGGGAAGCAUUUACCUCUACCCCCACAAAGUAGUACCAAAAAUAAGUACUACAAAUAAUAAAACAAGACUUUGCUGGUCAAGCACUAAGCACUAAGUUGAAUGACUAUUAACUAAAACUUGCCUUUAAUACAGACGUUGACCUAGUGUGCCAGGAGGAUAUGGUGCCUUGUAGCGACUCCAGAGGCUGUUACCUUCUCACCGGAAAAUGUGACGGCUUGAUACAAUGUAACGAUGCAUCGGACGAGCUUCAGUGUUCAUGCUUCGAACGCAUGUAUUCUGCAGGCAAACAUUGCGAUUCUUAUCCAGACUGUCCAGAUUUCUCAGAUGAACGUGGCUGUGACGGGUGUUCCUCCGGGGAGCUGAGUUGUAAGGAGAAUGGAACUAUCACGUGUGUACCAGAAUUAGCUGUCUGCGAUGGACGGUCAGACUGUGCUGAUAAUUCUGAUGAAAAGCUAUGUUCAAGACUCUCACAGUGGCAAGUUCAUACUUCUCCACUACUUACCUUGUUAAGCGAAGGUUAUAUGGAGGUAAAGAGAGAUGGAUCGUGGCUUCCUCUUUGUGCUGACUUGGAAACCAAUUAUGCCGAAGUUGUUAUGGAUCACUGUGAUCAAGUGGUCGGAUCAAGACAUGCUGUGGAUAAUCAAAGUUUACAACCACUUACUGGAACUGAGCCAAUAAUGUGGGUUCACUAUAACGACACGUCCAAGCUUUUCUCAGUUUCGUCCCAAUGUAGCCAAAAUCUACUUUUAUAUGUAAAAUGCUCAGUACCAACCUGCGGAAAUCAGUCGGUGGAAAGAAAGCGCAGGAAGAUUAAUACCAACGAAGACAGUGUUGAAGAUUUGCGGUCAUAUCGCAGUCUUGACCGGAUUGUUGGUGGCCGAGAAGCAGAAGCUAAUGUUUGGAGUUUUAUUGUCGGAAUCCUCAGCGACGGCAUAUACCACUGUGGCGGAACCAUCCUUACGUCAGAGUGGAUUCUUACCGUGUCGCAUUGUUUUUCUGAUUUUUACCUUCAACGAAAUUUUGAAGUUCAGGCAGGAAUGUAUCGGCGAGGUUCCUGGUCUCCAUUUGAACAGACCUCUGCCGUGUCUCGUGUGAUUCGUCAUCCAGAAUUCAACUCCCUUCUACAGAAUGAUGUGGCACUCGUCAAACUAGAGACGCCUCUUUACCUCAACAGAUGGGUCCGUCCUGUGUGUUUGGCAAGAGACAUCCAUCCAGAGGAGGAGGAUUACUGUACUGUAGCAGGAUGGGGAACGCAAAUAGAGGGCGAAAUACAAUCAAAGUCGGAUACCAUGAUGGAAGUUGAUGUUCCAAUCUUAGGCAGCUGUUUAAACAGUUUUCCGGGAUAUAGUGACGAGUCUUUAAUAUGCGCAGGAUAUAAGGAAGGCAUGAAAGAUGCGUGUGCAGGGGACUCUGGUGGUCCAUUGAUGUGCUAUGGGGACACGGAAGGCUGGGUGCAAGCUGGGAUAGUUUCCUUUGGCCGCGGCUGUGCUCGGCCAAAUGAGCCUGGGUCCUAUUCCAGGGUAACCUUCUUUUACUCAUGGAUAAUUGAAACUUUGGGAAAAAUAGAAGAUAAUGAAAACUUACCAGCUAUUGACCUCCAAACGAAAUGCCUUGGAUCAUUUUGCCAACUACCAGCGGGAAAAUGUCUACAUGCUAAGCUUGUGUGUGACCGAGAGGUAAACUGUUUAGAUGCUGUAGAUGAACUGUAUUGCAACCCUGAAGUACCAGCAACCCCCUCGACAGAUAGCUUGGAAACGAGCCCCACCAUAACCACAGCAGAUAACAAUGCAUCCGAUGUCAACACACAAAACACCGCCUCCGACGCCGCAGGUGCCAACAACACCGCCUCCGACGCCGCAGGUGCCAACAACACCGCCUCCGACGCCGCAGGUGCCAACAACACCGCCUCCGACGCCGCAGGUGCCAACAACACCGCCUCCGACGCCGCAGGUGCCAACAACACCGCCUCCGACGCCGCAGGUGCCAACAACACCGCCUCCGACGCCGCAGGUGCCAACAACACCGCCUCCGACGCCGCAGGUGCCAACAACACCGCCUCCGACGCCGCAGGUGCCAACAACACCGCCUCCGACGCCGCAGGUGCCAACAACACCGCCUCCGACGCCGCAGGUGCCAACAACACCGCCUCCGACGCCGCAGGUGCCAACAACACCGCCUCCGACGCCGCAGGUGCCAACAACACCGCCUCCGACGCCGCAGGUGCCAACAACACCGCCUCCGACGCCGCAGGUGCCAACAACACCGCCUCCGACGCCGCAGGUGCCAACAACACCGCCUCCGACGCCGCAGGUGCCAACAACACCGCCUCCGACGCCGCAGGUGCCAACAACACCGCCUCCGACGCCGCAGGUGCCAACAACACCGCCUCCGACGCCGCAGGUGCCAACAACACCGCCUCCGACGCCGCAGGUGCCAACAACACAGCCGCCACCUCUAAUUAUACAGUGUAUGGAGGAUAUAAUAACCAAUUCAGUAUAAGUAACGCUGCAGUGCCACCGACUGCCCCAGAGUGCUCUUACACAGAAUUUGUGUGUGAAAAACUGCCGCAGUGCGUCCCCAUGUCGAACAUUUGUGACGGCGUUAAGGACUGCGCUGACGGCACGGACGAAGUUCCGUGUGACUCCUUGGACCGCCUCCUCCAGUAUAAUAGCAGCUGGCACUGCGACGGAUACCAUGACUGCUUUGACUUGAGAGACGAAAACUGUCCUCCGCCGAUCGUGUGUCAGGGUAUGCAUGUGUGCCACCUUAGCCGUGAAUGUGUACCGCAUGACAAGGUUUGCGACUCGAAUAUUGACUGCGUGUUUGCCGAAGACGAGAUGGAAUGUUUAACUUUACUAAAAGAACCAGGAAAGUUGGUGUUAAACAAAUUCAUGCAGCCUGAACACCGAAGUAACGGGACGCUUGCGUACCGAGGAACAACUGAAUGGCGGCCGGUGUGCCUCGAAGAAAUACCAGACCAUAUGUUGAGUGAGAUCUGCGAGUACCUCGGUUAUCGGGAAGUGAAAAAGUGGGACUCGGUAAUAGGACCCACGGAACUGAAUGUCGUCAUGCCCAGUGAACCAGAGUAUUCCACAGAGAAUGCAGGGAAGUCUCGCUUCCUCUUGAAUGCAGAAACGUCUUUUAAUAUGGAUACAUUUACACGGGUUGCUAGACGUGUAUCUAAUGAACCAUUGGUUCAAGACACUAAAAGAAUCGCAUUCAUGGCAGAGCUUCAGGCCCUAGAAAAUGGAAGAAAACGAAAGAGAGUGAAGAGAGAGGAAAAUGCGACUUGCCCUCAGGUGGAAAUCGUAUGCCAGACAGAACCAUGUGGCAAGAUUCAUCGAUAUUUCCUGUCUGAGCACCAGCCUUUGCACGAAUUGGGUGGCGUUCCUUGGGCAGGCACUGUGUUCGUCAACGGAGGCCUGUGGUGUGGUUCGACACUAGUGCACCCAUACUGGGUCAUCACGUCUAAAGCCUGCAUGGAUUAUGAUGGUGAGGGCCUUCCAGACUUAGCGUUGGAGUACGUGAGCGUCGUGAUGGGAUCUUGGCGCGAGGUCGGGGAGACUCGUCUGUGGGGAGCACAUGAACAUGACCGUCGCGUGGAUUUCAUGAAGGCUGUGGAAAAUACAGAUAUCCUUCUCCUUCACCUGGAGAAGAGAAUGCCAAAAACCUUGUAUAUUAGUCACCUAUGUCUACCCAGCACCGUUGUCGAUAAUAUGGCAGUCAACAAAACCUGUACCAUUGCUGGUUAUUCGCCAAAUGAGUACCGCACAACGCGAGGGGUAGAAUUAGAAUCGGGAAGUAACUGUGGUAAUGGGAGUGUUUGUUUCCUUCAGAAAACAGGAGAAACGCCUUGCAUGAGAAGCUGGUCUGGUGUCAUAGCAUGUAAAUUCGGGAGGCCAUCAAAUCCCACCUGGGCUGGAGUGGGAAUGUGGAACUACAAACCCCCCAAUGGCAGCUGUGUUGAGACCACGACCCAUUCGAUGUUUACGGAGGAGGAACUAUUUGGUAUACGCUCAGUUCAAGCUCAGUAUAGUCCACAGACUUUGGCUACGUGUCAGGGAAGGAUGUGUCCUACUGGGAUUUGCAUCUCCAGUGAUGACCACUGUGAUGGAUUCCUUACUUGUCCGGACCUUAGUGAUGAACCUUUAACGUGCCCCCCACAACUGAGUGCAUGUCGGCUUUCUAGUGACGAGAGUACAUGUGUGUGUGAUGAUGGGGGAUUGCCAUGCCAGGAUGGUGUGUGUAUUCCACGAAGCCGUGUGUGUGAUGGUUUAGCAGACUGUGUAAAUGGGACAGACGAGAUCAGUUGUACUUGUGCCCGUUUGUUGUGGCGGGACAGCCCUGGAAAACUGUGUGAUGGUAAUAUCGACUGUGAUGAUCAGGAGGACGAAUCGGUCUGCGGUUGUACUCCCAUGACGGAGUUCUUCAGAUGUUACAAGUCCACUGCUCAAGGCUGUAUCCCUCGUGCCAGUGUCUGUGAUGGCAUCAUAGAUUGCUCAGAAGGCGAGGAUGAAGCUGCGUGUGUAGCGCUUGCACCUGAAAUACCAGUCGAAGAGGAUGCUCUAGGGUUGCUCCCAAUCCGAAUGGAAGGCUUCUUUCUGGUUCGAGUGCGAGGACGAUGGUUUACCUUCCAGCUUGAAAAGUGGAACAUAAAUGCGUCGCCCUUAUUGUGCGCCAAGCUGGGGUUCCGUCACGAGGCAACAGAAAGCAGAGACUAUGAAAAUUUGCUGAAAGGAGUUGUAUACAUCAUUUGUUCAGUUGAGAGAUCCUUGAAAUAAGACCUAUAUUUCUUUAUUCUUUGUCAAGUUAGUGAAGAAAAAGGUUUAUUUGUGGUUAAAGGUGUUCAGAUAUUAAGAGAAAUCACUGUCUAAUAUGAUUAAUAUGUUUAUAUCAGUCCAGUUGUGCAGCCAGACUCGGCUAUAUUCAGUAAUCAAACAUACAAAAGGGUACCUAUGUUUAAAUAAAUUUUUAUGAAACCGUGCAA